GGGCUUAGGAGUAGUGUUAAAAGUCUAAGAAGAUACCACUUUUCAAAUGAAUCAUGAAACUGAAAUACUUUGCGAAGCAAUUAAGGAUGGAACAUGAGGCUGCCCAGCUAGAAAAGCAGCACGUGCAUAGCGUGUAUGAAAAUACAGCUGCCUACUUUAAUGACCUGCAGAGCAAAGCGUGGCCUCGUGUUCGGAACUUUCUGCUGGAGCAGAAGCCUGGCAGUCUCGUCGCUGACAUAGGUUGUGGAACUGGAAAGUAUCUCAGCGUCAACACUCAGGUGUAUAAUCUCGGCUGUGAUUACUGUGGACCGUUGGUAGAGAUUGCAAGGAAGAGAGACGAUGAAGUUCUGGUGUGUGACAACCUUAACCUUCCUUUCAGGGACCAGUGCUUCAAUGCAGUCAUUUCCAUCGGAGUGAUCCAUCAUUUCUCAACUAAACAUAGAAGAAUCAAAGCAAUAAAGGAAAUGGCAAGGGUAUUGAUACCCGGAGGGCAGAUGAUGAUUUAUGUUUGGGCUAUGGAACAAAAGAACCGUCGCUUUGAGAAACAAGACGUGUUUGUUCCUUGGAACAAGGCCUUGUGCUCACGGCAUUUCUCAGAAUCGAAUCAGUCUGGAGAUAAGGCUGAGUUUGUGCACGCUGUAAAAACCCGAGACGUAGACCCGGCCCAGCUGGUCAUCUCUGAUUGCAGCUACCAAACCAGUCUGCAGCCAGAAACCGAUCCAAAACAUGCCCGCAACACGGACCACUGCUUAUCCAGAGCCUGCUGCAUGAAAAUUUCUGAAGAAGAAAACCGAUUUUACACUGCUCUGGGAAGAUCUUUCCGCUCAUGGUUUUUCUCCAGGUCACUUGAUGAAUCAGCCCUGAGAAAGCAAACUGACAAAACGAAGCCCCCGAAGAAUGUCGGAGAAUGGGCCGACAGCACCCUGCCCAUUCAGCACUCGCGCCACUGCAGUUUGGAUCUGGGUCACCACGGGGCACUGCUAAAAGAACAAAGUUUAGAUGACGAUGACGUGUUCGUGGAAAGCCUGCCUCUCAAAAAACCACCGUGGUCACCAGCCGUAGAUGCACUGAAGGAUUUGAGUUUAAAUGGAGGACACCAAAGCGUAGCUGGGGGCAAGAGUGAAGAAGCUUCAUUUACGAACGGCCCGGUGGAAGACAGGGACUACAGCUGCGGUUGCAAUAAAGAUGGUGCUGGUAAGUCUAAUGCCAGCAAGUUUCUCAAAAGAACUUCAACAGCUGACUCCACUGACUCCGCUCUGGAUUCAGCAGUGUCUGUUGGGGACCAAACUGAUGCCACGUUGGAUGCAAAAGCCUUCAUGCGUUAUUACCAUGUAUUUCGGGAAGGGGAGCUGUGCUCCCUGGUAGAGGAGAACGUGCCUGAGCUUCGGAUACUUUCUUCCUGCUACGACCAUGGGAACUGGUGCAUUAUUGCAGAGAAAAGAGGAACGUAGCUGGGAAGAGAACAAAGCAGAGUUCAGUGACUGAGGAUUUUGAGCUGCUCCUGGUGUUCCUGUGGUUGUGCGGUGUGACCUGGAGUUUGAAUCUCAUGUAGUCGUGUGCCAUUCGUUUCUGAGUCAUUAUCUCCCUGCCUAUUUAACUAUCUAAUGCAAGGGCACAGCUUCAGCUGGUGUUGAUUUUGUGACCUUUAAUGGAGCUGCACAGAUUCACCCCAGAGAUCAACCCUUUCGAUACAGCGGUUUGAGAGACCCACGUAAUUAAGGUGUCUGCCCUAUCAGUGAGCAAAUAACUUUGAUUACAAAGCAACAGGAGUGAAAUACCAAACUUCUACAGUCUGUAAGUAGAUGGAUUUGGGGUUGUUCAGUAGAAAGCCCUGAUGGUGCUGAGUAAUUUUUGGUGUAGCUGCCCAGGAGAAUUCCCACGUGGCAAUGUAUUAUAGAUUUAUCUAUUGGACCGAUGCCUGUAGAACAAUCAUCUUUGUCUUCCUCAUAGUCUGGGGUCCCUGGGGUGCAGUCAAGCAGGUUGAUGAGAUCUGGGGUAAACUGAGAAAGAAAAGGCUUCCGUUCUCUUCACAACAGAGGCUUACCGUCCCUGUAAGAGGCUGGAUCUGUGUUUCAGGCUCUAGUAAAAACUUUCUGCUCUAGCAGCUGUAUGAAAAGACCCGUCAGCUCAAAGCCACUGAGGUACUUUAAACUGUUUGUGUGUUUCUAGAUGAUCCUUGCGUUGUUUGAUUAGAGAUUCUUGCCUGGAGAUGCUUUUCAAAAUUAUUUAUUUCUGUAUUGGAUCAUCUCUUGUUUUGAGCUGAUGCCGUUAAGUUGCGCCACAUACAAAUUUGAAUUGUAUUGUUAUAAAUUCCUGGGGGAAGGAAAAGGAAGGUUUGGUAAACUGCUUUCUUUUCAAAUAUUCAGCCUUCUGACUGACCGGGCGUCAGUCAGCUGGGGUCAUGAACGUGAGGUCGUGCAGACCUCAAUUCUUUAUUCCCGUAUCCAGUCUCCCAUCUGUCUGUGGAGGCUGCCCAGGUCUGUAACAGCUUUAUCAUUUCAUAAGAAGCCAGAUGACCUCACUCGGAGCAUGGCAAACGUCUCUCUUGAUUGGUUUCUCUUUUGAUGAGGCUCAUCUUAGGCAGAAUGUAAUUUCCAGAAGAAUCCAUGUGAUCCCAAUCUUUAAUAGCUUACAGGCAUACUUAACGUGCUCAGAGAAGUGGGUAUAUCAUUGAAAAAUCUAUAGUCUAUAUAAAUAAAUAAAACCCAGUUGUCCUUGCAUGCUAAGACUCUCAGCAAUAUCCAGACCGCAAGAUCUGACUGUUAUAAAGCAAGAGGUAAUUAUGUCCUUGCGUUUAUUGUCUGACAGAUGGGCAAUAUUCUCACCCGUUAUGCCAGUAACAAACCUGCUUCUGACUGCAGUGGGCUGGGAUUGCUCCUGAGCUGCUCAUCCAGCUUUAAGUGGCAUGUGGAGAAGUCUUGGUUACACGAGAAAAGAUUUCCUGGGGUUUUUUUUUACAGUUUAAUUUACUGAUACUGUCGUCAGUCUGAACUGGCUGAAGAAAAGCUGCUACCUUAUUACUCUGACAUCCAAAUGGACAACUGCAAUAAAAAAGAUACAGUUGAACACAGUUAUUUUUGAAGGAUUAAUACAAUUGCAAUCUUUGAUAAAUGACAUUUUGUCGUUUUUUUUUUUUAAUGCAUGAAAAUAUUUAUAUUGGAAAUGAAGAAAUAUAGGUUUGGGGUUUUUUUGUACUAAUGGUGCCUAAUUUACUUUCUUCCAGGCUUAUGGUGUAGGAAUUUUAAAAGCACAGGUGAGGAACGAAACCUAUAAAUAUUCUAGCAGAUUUUUUUUCUGGUAGAUGUUUAUGUACAAGUUACUUAUGUGCACGGUUUAAAAUGCCGAGUGAAGAGCUGCGGGUGUUCCCACCAGCAGAACGUUGUUACUGAACCUCCUGGGUAGGUUCUGAAUAGAAAUAAUGGCUCUGAUCCCGUGUCCUCCCUGCAAUGUCGUGUCUCCAUCAGAUGCAUUCAUAUCCCGGUUGGGCUGCGUUAGUAUCGGCAUUGUGCUGGAUCUGCUGGUCUGCCCGCUGUCUCGCUCAGCACUUUCACAGGGUUUGUGGCUACUUUAGUGCGCCAGGAAAAUGAAGUGUGUCAGUGUUAAAUAUAUACAACUGUAUAUCUGUUUCAUGAAUUCAGCAUUUUUUAUUCUUACAGUACAUGAACUUUGGCAGCUGCCGUUGAGUUUAUCUUCCAAUCUUCCGGUUAAAACCAUGCUUAGGUACUGCUCGUAGUCAAUUCUUUGUCCAUACCUGCAACUUAUUCUCUAGUAUUUGACAGAAAAUGAAUCCUACUUGGUUAAAAUAGUA